UAUGAAUGAGCGUUGAGGUCGGUGAUUAUAUGUUACAUCGGCCUGCCAUACUUGAAUGCCCUCGUGCUCGCGGAAGUACUGACGUGUUCACACGAGAAGUGGCUAGUGUAGCUAGCUAGGUAGAGCCGGGUAGUGACUCAGAGGCCAUAUCAGGAUGUCAGAAGGGGACAGUGUUGGAGAAUCAAUCCAUGGGAAACCAUCUGUAGUUGCUGCCUUUUUCACUGGGGUUGGAACGGUCUAUCAGACAUGGCUUGACAAGUCAACACCCUUCUAUGUGGUGCGAUGGGCGCUCACUCUACUACUUACUGCAAUCUACAUGAUCAGAGUGUACAUACUACAGGGGUGGUAUAUAGUAACUUACGCUUUGGGAAUCUACCACCUCAACCUGUUCAUUGCAUUUCUGUCGCCAAAAGUGGAUCCUUCUUUACUUGAUGAAGAUGAGGGCCCAUCCCUUCCGACCAAGCAGAACGAGGAGUUUCGCCCUUUCAUCAGGAGGUUGCCUGAAUUUAAAUUCUGGCACUCUGCAACAAAAGGCAUCGUCAUCGCCAUGAUUUGCACGUUUUUCGAUGCCUUCAAUGUUCCAGUGUUCUGGCCAAUACUCGUAAUGUACUUCAUCAUGCUGUUUUGCAUCACCAUGAAGAGGCAGAUUAAGCAUAUGAUCAAGUACAGAUACCUACCCUUCACACACGGGAAGAGGACAUAUAAAGGCAAGGAAGACACAGGGAAAACUUUUGCUAGUUAAAAACUCCAACUUACCCUUCGCCUCAGUCUCAUUUGAAACGCAGUCAUCACAGCUAGAAGGGAGUGAUGAAGAUUAGAGAUUAUUUUUUUUCGGUUUUUUUGUAAGCUGGACAGUAACAUUGAAACAAAACAAUAAAAAAUCUUAAGCUUGGAUCCGUAAUUGACAGUGUUGGAUGAAGUUAUCAGCAACACGGAUCAAAAAUAGUCACUUGCCCAAAAUUUCUUUUGUUAAAAAAAAUGUUUUUUUUAAGCAGUAGUUAAAACUUAGUUCUGCAUUUUGACCCGAUCAGAUGAAUAAAUAUUCAUCAAGUAGAAGCUAAACUAAAUUGACAUUACAGUAAUUUUUCAAAAUUGUGGAUCUUUCAGUGCCGCAUUAUCUCCCCAUCUUAGUCUAACAACUUUUAAUUCAUAUGUUGUCCCUACUUAUUUGUAACACAUUCAGUGGUAUAUUAUUAAUCAGUUAAGUUUGUUUGCAAAAGAAUGUGAUUAGGUAUGAAAUUUGAUUUAAAAGAAAUCUUAUUGAUAAAUGUUCUGGAUCUCAGUAUCUGCUGCUCUAAGUGUGUUGGACAAAUACUAAAUGAAGUUGCCUAGAAGUUUUUAGUGACACUUCAUCUGAAUAUGCAUUCAUGAUGGGCAGAAAAAAGAUAAAUGUGUGAAUGUCUCGCUUAAAAUUAAUUCAGUGUGAUUUCAGAGUGGCUGUUUUGGUUUGGUACAUGCUUUUUUUUUCAUUUUUAUUAUAAUUUAACUGUUGCAUAGGCUAAGUAUUUAGAUAUAUUUUACUCAUUUUCAGACAGCCCACUCAACAUUUAUGAAUGCAUAUCUCAAGGAUGGUGUUACUGAUCUUUAUUCUCCUGUAGUCUGCUACCGUAAACCUGCUCAUAUUUGUUUCUGUUUGCAACAUUAAGCCUCAAAUGGGAAAUACCAGAAAUUUGCAGAGUGUCAGACUUAUUCCGUAUAAUGAUAUUCCAAACCAUUUUUUUCUCCAAUGUGCACAACCAUUAUCAGUUUCUAUAGCACAUCAUCUGUCUGAGUUAAAAUUGAAGUAAACAAUUUCCGAAAGGCAUUUUCUCUUUGGAGCAUUUUCCCAUGUGUUCCAAAAAUGGAGUUUGACUUAGAUUUCGUAGACUAGCCGUUGUUGUCCUUUAUGAUCUGCGUUUACCUUAGGAAAAAAAAAAAGCUACAGUCAUUCCAAGCAAACUGUUGUUCUCUUUCUUUUGCAGAGGAAACAUAGGACAACUGAUUGACACCCUUUAUUAAAACAAAUGGAUGAAGUUGGUGGCGAUCAUACAUUUUUCUAUGAACCUUUUGAUUUUUUUUCCUUUCCUAACAAAGUGCUGAGAAUUUGUCAAUACUAAACUGAUCUACACUGUAUGUAGUAAGGGAUCAAAAGAUUUUCCUGUAAAAAAAAAAGUUUGUGUUUCAAAGGGUUGUCUGGAUUUGUGUAUAUACAGUAUAUAUAUAUUUUAAAAUAUAAUUUUUGUUUUGAAAUCUUUUCUUUUUCAUUCAUCCACCUUGUUAUUUCCCCGUAUGAAAAUCUGUUUCACCUAAAACUGAUGAAAGACAAACUGGUUAAUUGGGUUUCUGAGCUGAAUUUAAUGUUUUUCAUGGAUUGCAUGUUAUUUUCUUGUGCUACAGUAAAAAAAAAAACAACAACUUGAUUUUAAAAAUGGAAGUGUAAUUUUUUUUUCCACUCCAAAUGCUAUUAAAGAGGCUGUGUCCCUUCGGAACAGUACAAAAGUG